AGAGCACGGAGAAUGAUUUGUGGAUGAAGUAUGCCAAUGCCCCAGUUGAUAACGAGUUGUUGUAUUCAUAGUCAUUGAUUCAUUCCAAUAAAUCGAAGUUCAAAGAUGUGGAUCCUUCUCGUCAUUCUUGCGUUCCGGUUUUGCCACGGCGAACGGUUUUUCGCAGAUCACAUCUCCCUUCCAAACUCUGGAAUUAUGGAAAAUUUUGGAUCAGCACAACAAAAUGAUUUGGAUUUGGAUCAUGUGUAGCUUGAAGAACUACAAGUUGUAGAAGCUAGAAGUAGAGAACAAGAAGAACACCAUUGAGUAGGUGAUGAUGAAUGACGCCACGUUCAUCAUGCUACAUCGUUCAUCAUGCUGUACUACACAAGACUACCACAUCACCCGAGGACUUUCUUUCUAAAACCCACGACGCCAUUCUGUUACACGUUUUCCAUCUACAACGGGCUCCCCGCGACGAAGUCUCAGACGAAGAAUUCGCAAACAUCGAAAAAUUCGAAGAGAAUGCUCCACUACUUGGUACGAGUGAUGGAUCUGGAUCUUCUGGCGCCGGGUCUGGAGAAGGCGGAUCAAGCAAGAAAACUUCAUCUAUGACAUCCAGUUCAUCCAGUGGGAGAGACAAACGUGUAGAUGCGUCAAGCAUAGUCUUAGAUUUAGACGCAUUUACGGAGAAGAACGAAGCUUCCAAGCAGGCCAAGAACGUUAAGGCAGAAGAAAAACCUCCAGUCGUAGGAGGCAGUAGUCUCCUUUCAAAGUCAUCAAGAGAACCAAACGAUGCUGUGUCACUAACUUCUUCUUCUUCUUCUUCGACAAGCAGCUCCUCUUCAUCCGCACCACCAGCAACUACACCACCAGCAUCAUCUUCUUCUUCAACGACAAACGCACCACCAGCAGCUGCUGCAGCACCACCAGCAACGUCAUCAUCUGCAACCAGCCCGCCAACUGCUGUUGUCGACGACAACGUGGCUCCUUCCACUCAAUUAUUCCCGCCGUCGUCGAUACCGACAGCAUUAGGAGAAGAGACCAAAACAAAACCCGAUUAUUCCCCACCUCCAAGCAGCAAUUCAACAGCUAGAAACAAGAAGGUAGCUAGAAUGAAAAAGAAAACAAAUAGCACAGGCACGGCGGGAGCACUAGUGUCUUCACCUGCAGCUGCCACGGAUAGCACCACUUCAUCCACUGUCAUCUCCGAAAAUAGAACAGCUGCUCCGACAAUGGCUGCUGCAGAGGACAAAAAAGAAAAGAAGGAUGUUGUACCAAAGCAGGAAUCCCCAUCCUCGAAAAUGAAUUCGACUUCAUCUAAGACAGGAUCGUCUUCCGCAACCGGAGCUGCCACUACUCCUGCAACCUCAUCAGUUUCAUCAGCGACCACCAUUGCGUCAUCAUCGGCAACGAAUAGAACAUCGAGCCUCGUCGAGACAGAACCUUCAAAAGGUAAAGGAUUCAAGAAGAAGAAGAACAAGAAGGUGCCUGGUCUUCGAGUUAACGCAACUACAGUUUCCGUUUCACCGAAAACGAACAAUACAAAAAAGAGCGACUCCUCCGUGGCGAAUGAGCCAAUAAAGUCUGACCCGACAGCACCUGUUCCCAAGGUGGCGGAUGAAGCGCCGAAGACUGAUGCGUCAAGGACACCAGCAAAGACUGAGACAGCAGCACCAUCGACAAAAGCUGGCGGAGUCUCCUCUUCGCCAGAAAUAUCUGAAGUGACUGCAGCGCCAACGAAAGCUGAUGCAGCUGCACCUGCGGCGGCGGAUGCAGCACUACCUCCACCUCCAGCAAAAUCUGAAGCUGCUGCACCUCCUCCUGCGAAGACCGAAUCUGCUUCUGCCGUUGCACCCAAUCUGCCGAAAUCGGAGCCAGAAAAACCUCCGACAACAUCCAAUGUUGAGCCUGUCGUGUCUGCACCGGGCACGAAAUCUGAGCCAGUAAAGGCUCCACCAGCGAAAUCCGAGCCUGCUGCGGCUCCACUACCUCCAGAGACUGUUUCUCCCCAAACAACUCUAGUAGAACAACCUUCAGGAGAAAAAGGUGCUCCUCCACCACCGCCUGCACCGACUACAAAAUCUACAACCAAGACAAAGUCAUCUUCCGCUGUGCAGAAUCUCAAUGAAGACAGUGGAUUUGGACGACGGUUCCUGAGUAGAAUCUUAGAAGCAGCGGGCGGUAGUUCUUCUCCCAAAGCCAGUGCCAGAAUGACCAGUACAACAUCAACGACUAGUAAAGGCAAGAUUCAUGGCGAUGAAUUUCUGAUCGACGUGCCUACUCGUCUGAUUCGCAGAAAUACAGGUGCUCCUGCAGCUGCUGCAUUGGGUACUAGUUCUGGCAGUACGUCAUCAACGUAUCCAGCAGAUCUUCGAUUAGUCCUGUUGUCUUACACCCAGUACUUGCUUUCUUGUGGCGGUAACAAAAUGACGGAAUGUCUGUGUCCAACAACGACGCGGUCAACCAUUUUCCCUCUUCUAGAUGGUCCUCCAGGAGGUACUACUAUAGGAACAAGUGCCUCCUCUAUUCGCCGCAAGAUACCGAUUCCAGCGCAGGAAGGCUACUUCCUUCUUCUUCUGGUGAACUGCAACGGGGGAAAGAUCCGAAGACUGGGAGCGGCGGAGGAAAACGAAAAGACCUUUGCGAGACCUUUGCGAGACCUGUGGCCACAAGCGCAAGUGGCCACAGACGCGGUUGGUGCAGCACCUGCAGGCUCAUCUUCACUAGUCGUGGUGAGCGUGAGAAAUGAGCCUCCUCUUCAACAACUUUCACCGUUUUCUUCUUCCUCAACAUCGCGUGCCCUAGCAGAACUUCCAUCUUCCACCACAGUAGAGCUACACGGAGAAAUAACAGUCCAGUACCAUCAUGGUUUCCUCAAUGCAAGCAAUCUGAAGAAGUACCAGUUUUAUCACACUCUCCUUUGGUGUUAUUUGCUUCUUGCUGCGAUUUGGGGUUGCAUCACUUUGACCGCUAAAGCCUACUUCCGCAGUCGAGGGGAAGUCAAAAUGCUUCUAGUUCAUCGCUACUUAACCCGUGUGCUACUCCUGUGUGUGAUCGAGGUCUUCCUCUGGUACUUGAAGUUCAGGGUGUGGAACGGCAGUGGCUAUCGACAGUGGGCAUUGCUUUUUCUUGCGCGAAUGGCCUAUGCUGUCAAAGUCAGCAUGUUUUGGGUGAUGCUGUCUCUCAUCGUCGCGAAAUGCUGUGGAGUUUAUCGGUUGAUUCUUUCGAGCAACGUAAAACCAGUCGACGAUAUGGGCGGAAAGAAGCAGAGGACGGGUACUAAUGUUGUCGUUGUAAACGACAGAGUUACAACAAGUUGUGGUUUUCCCGUUACUUGAUUGUUCUACUGUCUCUUCCACUAUCUUCUCAAUCUUCUCACCACCACUAUCUUCUCAAUCGCUCCAUCAGUUUCAACAGAACUUUCCUCUUCAUCUCACUUCACCCUACCUACAUCACCACCAACAGAAACCUGUUCACCCUACCUUAAAGACUAUCACUGCUUCACCCUACCUACAUCACCACCAACAGAAACCUGUUCACCCUACGACCUUCAACUACACUAUCACUGCUUCACCCUACCUAAAUCACCACCAACAGAAACCUGUUCUCUCUUCUCGAUGA